CGGAUCGCGGUGUUGCUUCCUGUUGAGGAAAACGUAGACGCCAGUCACGAUUCGGCUCAUCGGCUGGUUGGAUAUCCACCCUGGGGUAGUAAAAACAAAAUUAAAUAAAAAUGGCGCGAUUGGCAUAGGGUGGCCUGUCGUCCCUCCCACUCUCCCUCCGUGACAUAAACUCUCGUCUCGUCACCUGCAUCGCGUCAGUCACGGCGCGCGCAGCGAGGGAACAGGUGUCGCCUGUGUGUCGCACCAGUUCGGGAGGGGGAGAUAGAAACACUCGGAAGACGCGAAGGAGGGAGGAGACCCGCUGGAGACGCGGUGAAGCACAGACUACUGAAUGUGUAGCCGGCCACUCGGAGGUACGAGCGCAGGCAACACGUGCGCUGGCAAGUGUGACAACGUGUAGUCAACUGUACACACGACUGUACUGCCCCCGACCCUGGGUACACGCGAGAUGGUGGUGAGGCGCUGAGCCCAGCACGUGGGGGUGGGUGGGGUGGGGAUGGGGAAGACAGGAGGGGGCUGAGUGCUCUCAGAUUUCUUUUGCAGGCUGACCUUUCGGCCCCGGCACUCGGGAGAGAGAGGGUCACCUCAGCUGUUGGUGUCGGUGUAUGUGUGUUUGUGAGGUGGAGAAGGGCAGCAAGACAUUCUCCUGACACGGAGUGAGUGAGUGGCCAAGGAGAAAGCAGGGUAAAGACAUCGCGCUCGGCCGCUGACGACGACAACAACACAGACUUGCACGCGGUCGGGGGCGGGGGUGCGAGGGCGUCGCUAUGCAGCAGGCGGACUGUGAUGGCAUCGACCUGCAGUGGAUGUACCAUGGCUCCAGCGACGAGGAGACUGACGACGCCGGCGAUGGAGACCGAGACGGGGUGCCGGUCAAGUUCUUCACGCAUGAGCUGUCACUGCGAGGGCGACUACGCAGGUUCUUCAUCCGGAACCCAACGACCCGCAUCUACAACACAGUCUUCGAUCUGGCCGCCAAGUCCAUCCUGUGUCUGCUGUACGUGGUGAGGGUGUGUCUGGACGACCACAAGCUGUACGCCUGCCAUGGAUCGCAGUGCUUGGCCAAUGUUACAGAUACGGAGAACAAAGGGUUCACCUCCACUAAUGUCAACUGGCAUGUUAUACUGUGGAUUCACAGACCAUUGCCUCUUUGGGUGCUGGAGACACUACUGUGCACAAUAACCUUCACCAAGGCCUGUCUGUAUGCUAGCACUGCCAACAAGGGGAAAAUUCUGGACUAUUUUUUGACACAUGACUUUCUUCUGGAACUUUUAUGUUCCCUGCCUAUGAUCGCAACGCUAUGCUAUCCCAUGUACCUGAGCAACCUGUUUGUACCGCUGUUUCUGAACUGCUGGCUGGCAAGAGUGGCACUCAGAAGAUUACUGAAUGAUCUCCACCUUACCAAACAAAGAUUCCAGACACUGUCAGUCACACUUUCACAACAAGUGUGGUUCUUGACAGUCACAUUGUGUUGUCUUGUCUUCACAACGAUUUGUGGCAUACAACACAUUCAACGCAGCAGUUCAGAGCGGCCGUUGACCAUAUUUGAGUCUGUGUACUAUGUUAUUGUGACAUUCUCCACAGUGGGAUAUGGAGAUAUCUCCCCUGACAUUUGGUUGGGCCAGCUCUUUAUGAUUGUGAUGAUCUGUGUGGCAUUUGCCUUUAUACCUAAGCAGCUUGAAGAGAUUGGGUCAAGUUGGAGCCAACGCAAAAAAACAGGAGGGGAUUAUGGCAAACGGAAGUCAGCUCGCAGCAAACACAUUGUGGUUUCUGCAACUUCUUUUACCUCAGAAGUUGUCAUGAAUUUUUUAAACGAGUUCUAUGAGCAUCCAAAACUUGAGGACCAUACUGUAAUCUUGAUGAGUUCUGAGGAACUGGACACCAAUAUGUUAUUUAUUCUUAAGGAUCCAAAGUGGGCCAACAGAGUUCUUUACAUACGGGGCUCACCUCUCAAGGAUAUUGACCUCAAGAGAUGCAGAAUAAAUGAUGCAGAAGCGAUCUUCUUUCUUGUGAACAAAAACUGUCGAGACAGAGAUCAUGCUGAUCAGCACACGGUACUCAGAUCCUGGGCAGUGAAAGACUUUGCUCCCAACUGUCGCCAGUACAUCCAGCUUUUUAGCUCGGCUAAUAAGAUGCAUGUAAAAUUUGCAGAACAUGUGGUCUGUGAGGAUGAGUUCAAGUAUGCACUUCUGGCCAACAACUGCUUGUACCCAGGGUUAUCCACACUAGUCACCCUUAUUUUGCAUACUUCCAGGGGAAAGGAAGGUCAGAUGGCAUCGGAAGUAUGGCAGCAAAUCUAUGGACGCCAUUCUGGCAAUGAAAUCUACCACAUCCAGCUAAGCCGCAGCAUAUUCUUCCACAAGUACGAGGGUCAGCGCUUCACUCAGGCGUCGGCAGCAGUGCAUCAGAGCUUUGGUGUGAGUCUCAUAGCUGUGCUGGACAUGACAGAAGCUGAACCUCGUUUAAAACUAAACCCUGGAUCAGACUACAUCCUGAAGGGCACAGAUUAUUGUUUCUACAUGAGUCUGACCAAAGAAGAAUACUCCCGAGUAACUCGCCCACUGGAUGAGGAGCCAUCACAGAUGUCAGAAGAAAGACGGAAAAACAUAGAGAGGCUGACUUUACAGCUACAGCAGUGGUUGCAGUCAGACAAUGAAGUGGAUGAAGAUGACGAUGAGGAGAGUGUUUUCAGUACCAUCACCAGUAACAUGGGAAAUACACUGAGCAGGAGAAUGCGUGGAGAUCUUGAAGCACUGCCACUUCUUAAUGCUCGAACCAGUCAGAGUACGGGGAUACAGUCUGAGCUGAACAGCUUGCCGGAGGAGGGCGGGGCAGACAUUGUGGAUCGAAUGUAUGAGAACACAUCAGACCGUGUCUUUCAGCAGUUUGGUGAUGUUGGCCAAGAAAGUCAAAGAGAUCAUCUGAAGUACCCUAUCCACUUGAUGUCAGAUUUCAGUUUUGUCACCGGUCCACUGCCUUGCACCAUCCAUGUUGGUUCACGCCGUAUUAUUUGUCACCUUCAUCGACAACCACGUGCUUUAUGCUGUCUGAAAUGGGGAGAGGAUUGUGAACAUUGUGGCUUCAAGAAGGCCAGUGAUGACCGCUGGAACAAUCAGCUAAUCAUUGUCUCAAUCCAGGAAGUGAGUCCAGCUGUCUACAACUUCAUCGUCCCACUGCGCUCCAGCUAUCUCUCCCUUGGCUCGCUAAGUCCCAUCAUCCUUAUGUUGCAUCAAGAACCUGAUGACUUGUUCAUGGAGACCAUUGCACACUUUCCCCUUGUCUACUGGAUGGUGGGCAGCCUACACAGUCUGGAUGACCUGUUGCGGGCAGGCGUUAACAAAGCUCUGCACCUGGUGAUCUCGCACAUCCAAGGAGUUGGUGUUGGAGAAGAGGAGAGUCUAGAUGAUGCAGAGACAAUUGUGACUGUUCAGAAGAUAUCACGGCUGUUCCCUAAUGUGAACAUUAUUACUGAAGUGCAUGAAGCAUCCAACAUGCGAUUUAUGCAUUUCCAGGCUCGAGACACCUACACACAGGAAAUUGCCAGAUUAGAGAAGAGGCUAAAGGAGAAGACGACUUCUAACCUGCCAUAUUUGUUUCGCCUUCCUUUCGCUGCUGGUCAGGUAUUCAGCUCCACCAUGCUGGAUCGGUUGCUAUACCAGACGUUUGUAAAAGGCUACCUGAUAAGUUUUGUGCGGUUGCUGCUGGGAAUUGAUGCUCAAGAAAACUCUGGGCACCUGUCCAGUGUUCGAGUAAAGCGUGCAACUAUCAACCAGUUUCCAACAUACGGUGAUCUCUACCAAGGCCUGUGUUCUACCACUGGUGAGAUUCCCAUUGCCAUCUACAGGACAGAGCGACGUGCAGGUCACAGCAUGGAGGCACUGGCAGCAGCUGCAGAAAACAACAAUCGCAGUUUCAUGAAGGGUCGUCCCUCCAUGCCAAGUGGUAUCUUCCAUCGAGCAGAGCGCGAUCAUCUCAACUUAAGCGAUCUGGUAAAUGCGCGGCUCAAGCGCCUUCAUCUUGCUGGAGAAGAGCCAUAUGUGAUCAAGAAACCUCCCAAGACUCUGUCCUAUGUGAUUGUGAAUCCAUCGCCCAAGAGAAAACUGAAGAGUGGAGACAUGAUAUAUGUCAUUCAGCCAAGUGCCAUGGUUGCGGUGCCCAACAAGCUCCGAUGGCGGUCAUCAAUGCGGAGGAAUGCAGCACAUGUUCACAGACCUUCCUCAGACCCUAGCCCCCUGGAGAAAGAAAAUGGUACCAGCUCAUCAGGGACACGCAUCAAAUGGAACAUUGGACCACACUCGCCUGUUUCAGUGAGGAAAUCACCUCAAUCAAAGACUGCUUCGGACAGACACCGAUCAAAAUCAGAAUCUUCUGCAGAGAAGAAAAAAGCAGAAGAAUUACUUAUGCACAACUUGUGAAAAUUAGCGUUUCCUGGUGUGUAUGUGUGUUUGUGUUUGUGACAUUUUUAUGCAUGUACAGGCAUACAUCCUGGAAGAACUCAUCAUUGUCCAGAAAUGUGAGAUUCCAGCAGUGUAUAUAAAAUAGAAACUGAUGUCAAAAAUGAACCGUGUGACAGAUGGUGUCAAGCUAAACAAGAGCGUUUCCACAAAAUAAGGGAAUGCUUGCGGAAAUCCCAGAAAAGAACUAGAGACUGACUGAAGUCAUGGGGAAGUAUGAGAUUGGUGGUUCUCAAAUACCAAGUUUGUCCAUUGGACUUUUUUUUUACCUUGGUUGCUGUGUCAUAAUGACCUGGUAGGCCCUUGUAAAGUCAAAUUUUGUUUAUGAAAUCAGUUGAUUGUAAAGAAAAUGUUAUUUUUAGAUCAAAAGCCUGAACUGAUUUGAAGACUGUAUAUACUUUAAAGAGAUUUUUGUUGAGCAUAUUUGGAAAUUUCACACAAUGUUAAAGAUACUUGGAAGCAUAUGUGCCCCAUUGCACAUGUUGUCAUGUAGUUAUAUUGUACCAUUGAUCAAUAGAAUUAUAUAAAUUUGUCUGUAGUAGAAACCUGAUUGUAGACUUUUGUCUUAAGUCACUAUAAUGCUGUGUUACUUUGGCUAUGUUAAUAGCAGCUUAUAGAUUCUGCUUUGUUCUAGGAAAUUUAUUAUGCCUGCCUCUUAUAAACAUAAGAGGAUGCUGAAGGGUCUGCCAGUAAUCCUCCCAACUCCCCCUCCUUCCUCCCAGUUUUUUCUUUUUUCUCAUUUGUUUUGGCACAAACCAGGAUCUGACAGCAUGACGGCCAUGUGCCAAAAGUACUUGUGAUAUAGCAUGCAACAGUAUUCUUGAGAGCUGUUCUUGAUGUUAUCGUUAUUGAGAGGCCAGUUGUCUUCAGGGACCACAUCAGCAAAUUUUUUUUAAACCUAUGUGAAGAUGUAGUUUUUAUUUGCUGAGACUUUGGCCAUAGCAUCAGUAAAUACUUACAUUGCAGUAGGCUUGGAAAAUUGGUUCAAAGGGUGAGUACUCAGCUAGACGAGCUGUGUAAGGGAAUGUUCAAUUUCUAGGUCUUCUUGUGCUGGUACACAAAAAGUGGUGGGAAGCUUGCCUUAGAUGGCUGCCAUUGUACAUAGUCAUCAUCACCACCACCAUUGCAUCCUGAUCCCUGAUUGACCUUUUUUAUUACACCUGGACGAUAUUGCAGCUGACCCAUGCUACUACUUUUGGUUGUUAAUAUAUAACAUUAGGAUAGUAGCCAUUUAUUUUAAUAUGUACAGAGAUUUUUGUCUUUAUAUUGUAUGUUCAAGAGGUUCAUUAUAUGAAGAAGAGCUAUUUUUGCUGCCUGUAUAUAUUUUGAUAUGAGAUUCAGUGUAAAUAAUUAUUUUGUUAACAUUCCUUUACUAGAGCAUGAUUAAUAGUGCUUUGAUGUUCACAUGCAUGAAGACCAAAACUAGAGUAUAACUUAAAAAUUUUAUGAGUAAUAAUUAACAAAAAGUCAUUUCAAAAUCAUUCCAUCCUAGGGCCUGGAUUCAUUGGCACCUCAGCCAGUCAGUCCACUCUUUCUACUUUGUUUUUUUUUUUUUUUUUUUUUUUUUUGAAUUGCACUGCACAUCAUGUGGGGUGCAAAGUCUAUUUCCUUCGUGCAUGUGGAGAUAAACUUAGCAUUCCACAUGUGUAAUAUCACUAGGUAAUGCUACCACCCCAGUUUUAAAAAAGGGUGGGAAUUUAAUAGCAUAAUAUCUGAAACAAGGAAUAUGAAGAUGCACAAAAAAAGUGUGAAAGAUGGAUAAAGGUGGAAUCUCAGUCUGGAUCUUUUGUUAAAAGAUUUUGUUCAAAAUUGUUAAAAGCUGUCACUUCCUUUAGAAGUAUUUCAAAGUUGUACUUAUUGGUGAUAAUUUAGACUACAAAUUUCGUUUCUCUGUAUGUGUGUGUGAAAGUGCACAUUAGUAUAUUCUCCAGGUCACAUGGAUUAGGUUUCAUACCAGUAUGUGUGGGUGAAUGGAUAAUUAUUUGAAGUGCAAUGAAUAGAUGUGAAGUGAACAAAGGCUUGUGUAGUACGAUCAGCUAAAAGUAUAGAGAGAUUCAUGGGUAGGGGGUUGGAUGAUAAAAUCAAAAACAUGUUCUUUUUCACUGUCCAGUCUUCAAAGAUAUUUUUUCCAUUCAUGCCAGUUGCCUUAAUCACUUGUGUUCAUUUUGUACUAGCAAUGGUUUCACUGUAGUGUGUAGGCUUUUGCAUGAAGACACCAUUUUGUGUGCGCAUGCGAUAUUAGUGUCUCUGAAAUAUUUACCAGAAUCUGCAGAUUUGGGACUGUUCUGGUGUCACAUUAAAAUUCUUUGAAACCACAUAUAAAACAAACAUCCUACUUUAAAAUUCGAGCUGAGUUGUGCCUCUGGGGUAAUUUUGAUUUUUUUACCCAGAGAUGCAACAUAUUUAGUGUGGGUUUAUCAUUUCUGUACUUAAUACUGGUAUUGGAAUGUUCAUGUGCACAAAUUUAUUUUGUUCAUCAUCAUAUUGCCAAUUACCAAAAGUCAACCAGACAUGAAAAUUUGUUAUUUUUAAUUGCAUGCAAGAUGCUGGGAAAUAUCUGAAUUACAAAAUAAUUCCAGUAUUUUUACUGUACAUCAGAAGCUUGAAAAUUAUCAUGAUCUGAUUUACAAAAGUUUUUCCAUCGUUGUAAGUACACAAUAUGCUUAAAAAUAUAUUGAUCUGGUUUACAAAAAAAAAAGUCACUUAGGCCAGGCAGGCUGCAGUGCUCUUACUAGGAACUAUUGGACAAGAACCAAUGCUGUAGGGAAAUUAGCUUGUCAAUGUCUAAGCACUCAUAGUCACAAGGAAAAAUAGAUGUCAUUACCAGUUUUAAAAUCCCAACAUUAAUUAUGCAAGUAUGGGUGUGUGCAUGCAUAUAUGUCUAUAGCUUUAUGUAUAUUUAACAUAGGCUAGCAAUAAUAAACUGUUUAUAAACAUAAUAUUGCCAGAAAAAGUUCUAAUCCUCAAGUCAGUUGUAAUUUUCAUAAAUGAAUCACACUUUCCAUUAACGUUAAACUAAUGGCUCAACUGAUUCCCAAGCUGCGUCUUUGUGACAAAAAUAUCUUAAGUUGGUUUCCAGGAAAAAGACCCAACAAGUACAAAAGAGCUGCUCUUUUAACUAAGUGCACUUUCUUUUGGCUAUCACAACCUUCAGACCUACCCUGUAGGUUCACUAGGUGCUAUCUCACAUUUUAUCAUAUGAUUUGCAAGAAAAAAACCCACCUAUUGUGUGACAGAGACUAACAGUGUAUCUGUCAAAUAAAUGGCAGUAGUCUGAUGGGAAAAGAUCGGUUCCUUGUCAUUAAUAAGUAUUUUGCCCCCUUCUGAUAAACAGUAAUACCAAGCACACUGUAGGACAUCUCUUACUGUUCCCUACGAUCAUCAGUUCCUGUGCAAUACCAGGUGGGCUACAGAGAACCACAUCUCGGUGGAAAAAGCACCAUUAGAAACAUUUAAUUUGAUCUUUGUUACUAAUGAACACUUGGCUCUUUUUAAUUAUGCCCGAUUAAUCAUAAAACAAUGAACCAUUGAAGUUCUUUUAAAAGAAUAAAAUAUGCAUAGAAACUGUUUCCACCUCCAUCCUAAUACUUCAUAUUUUCGAGUGAACCAGUAAAAGAGCAAGAUUUCCCAUUCCACUCAUACACUCAGUUACUCCUUCCAACAAACUAACAAAAUCAUGUGAUAAAUACAUUUUUGCCUACGACACUUGAAAAACUAAGUAUCAGCAAUGUCAAAACCAGCAGUGGGGAGGGGGAGAAACAAAAAAAGCAUUGUGGGAGUUAUAAAUUAUUAAAAAACUAACAAGAUUUCAUGAAAUGCAGUUUCAACAAACAAUCAGGAAGAAGCUCACAUUCAAUAAUUACUGAAUAGCUACACUUCAAUUUUAGUUGGCGACUUAUUUUUUGCAAUUUAUGAAUUAAUUAAACAGUAUCCUGCCAAACAUUUAACAUAAGGUUAUCACUGUAGACAAUCUAAAAAAAAAAGAAAAACCCCCAAAAAUGCUAUUUCACCUCCACCAACCCAUCCCCCUCCAUCCAAAAAAAUAGGCCACAUCAUGAAAGCACUAAAUGUUAGCAGCUCUAGCUACAUGAACAACUGAAGAGUUAUGACAUGAUGCAUCAAACCACCAGGUGCAUGACUAGCACAAGGAAAGGAUGAAGGCAAAAAAAAAAAAUGUACAAUGCUGAUCACUUCAGUGGACAGGCAGGCCUAGCUCCAACUGUCUUAGGUCAGGGACACGAGUUAUGUCAUAUGUCACUAGCACACUGUACACUCCACAACCUGCCAAACCAUCUGUAAACCUGGCUAUGAUAGUAAUGAUUACCCUUGAUGUAACAAGAAAAGGCUCUUCAACAUUUUUGUACCCCACUAUUUUUAUACAAAAUGAUCCCUCAUUGCCAUGCCUUUGCAGAACACCUGCCAAAAUUAUCCCAGUCAUGCAGAAUUAAAACAAAAAACAAAACAGCCAAGAAUAGGAGACAAUUCAAAAUGAUAGCUGUUUUCUUUUUUCCACUAUGUUUACUGAUUAUGUCCCAUGACAAACCAGAAAUGUAAAAAGUGCAAGUUUACAAAAAAAUUGUUUUUUUUUCUGAAGCCUCCUUACAUUUAGCCCAGCGGACAUUAAGAAAAUUGGAAUUAAGAGAUUUAGUCUACAUAUCAAGAGUUGCUGUAGGUAAUUUUUCCUUGCUUGUUGGUUUUUAAACUCCUGAUGGCAAGGUAGCUAUUGCAUGCUUGAAGAACCACACUUCCAUGAAAUGCUCUCUCUCAGAAUGUUAAAAGGCAAAAGUCUCAUCAACAGGAUUAUUAUACAAGUACUGCUGUAGUACACUGGUG